AUGGCAAUAGAAUACCUGUGCAAUUCUCAAACUGGCAGAACAGUUCCACCGGAGCUGUUCUUCAAUUCAAAUGAGAUGUCCACUAAAGAAUUUAAGAUAAAGUGGAGAGACAACUCGAGAAGGCGAAUUUGUUUGAUUACAACUUUGCCGACUUGGCUAACAAUGGAGUCUCCGAAAAGCUUCACAAGAUCUCCCUACCGAUUCCAAAUCGGAUACGACCCAAGUCACGCUGAUGGGAGUACCAGCGUCCAGUUGGUAUUUGAGCUGAAUUCGAGUCAUUAUCAUAAAAUGACAGUUUCGAUUACGCUGAAUUUUUGGCAAGGCAGACCGAUAGGAGCAGAAUGCUGCAACUGUGCCAUUUUGGAAGUCGCAGGGAACAGACUUCCAAAAUUUCAAACAUUUUGUGGGCACACGCUAUGCAAAAAAUGCUUGAGGGAGAAGCUGAAAUCUACUCGAAUAAUAGAGAUAAAUGAAAAAUUCAAAAAAUUUAGUGAAUGCCCAGAAUGCCAAAGAAAUAUAUACGAAUAUCCUGUGGAAUAUCCUUGCUCAACGUGCACGCGCAACGAAUCAGAUCGGUUCUGCAUGGAAUGCAAUGGAUACUACUGUAAUAAUUGCUCCGAAAAAUUUCAUACCGGACAAUAUUCGAGACACCGGUUCACAAAAAUGACAAGAUUGGAUCAACAUCUGGAGACUCUGAGGGAAAUGGCGUCACGACUGAGAAAUUCUGGAGCAUUUCUAAAAACAAAAUAUGACGAAAUGGAAGUCAUCCUGAGUAGCUUCAACAUGGAGAAUGAAACUUACCGAUACAUGGAAGAAACAGUAAUCACAAAAUGCCGUGGCCUGAAACAACUAAGAAGUCGGAAACUAAUAGGACUCAAUAAGUUUUUGGAAGAUAAGAUGAAGGAAUGCAAAAAUGCCUCGCUUUCACUGAAUGAAGAUUACGUAAAAAUUGAUGAUCUCAGAAAGUGGAUUGACCGCAUUAGAAAAAAAGAGAAAAACUUACGGAUUCACAUGGAAGAAAUAACAAAUCGAUAUGAAAAAGCGCUUUGUCUGGAAUGUCGUUGGAAGGUCACUUUCCACUCUUUGAAUGACUAUCAUAUUCCGAAGGACGCUCCAGGAUUUUUGCCAAUGCUAAAGAGGAAGGGACCUCAUGGAUAA